GCGGCGCGGACGGGAAGGCUGCCGGGCCGGGGAGCCUGGCGUUCGGGGCUCCGGGGACUGGCCGGUGUGGGCUGCACUUGCGGGCAGCGCGCCCUGGCCAUGCGGAGCAGACUGUGGAUCUUGCACCCGCAAGGAGCUCAGCCAUGUGGCCCCCCAGCCAUCGUAGGCUCUGCUUGGCCUUCCUGGUAGUGUGUAUUUUCUCAGCAAUUUCCUUCGUCUUCCAUAUCCACCAAGAUCUCUUUCGAAAUGGCCUACACCUGUCUGUCCUGUGUCCAGACCGCCACCUGGUGACAUCCCCUGUGGCCAUCUUCUGCCUGCAGGGCACACCGCUGGCCCCCAAUGCCUCUUCCUGUCCUCAGAACCCUGCUUCCCUCUCAGGAACCUGGACUAUCCACCCAGAUGGCCGGUUUGGUAACCAGAUGGGGCAGUACGCCACACUGCUCGCCCUGGCCCAGCUUAAUGGCCGCCGCGCCUUCAUCUUGCCAGCCAUGCACGCUGUCCUGGCCCCUGUCUUCCGCAUCACCCUACCUGUACUGGUGCCCGAGGUGGACCACCACACGCCUUGGCAAGAGCUGCAGCUACACGACUGGAUGUCAGAGGAAUAUGCCCACUUGAAGUCUCCCUUGCUGAAGCUCUCUGGCUUCCCCUGCUCUUGGACUUUCUUCCACCAUCUUCAGGAACAGAUCCGCAGUGAGUUCACCCUGCAUGACCACCUUCGGGAGGAGGCCCAGAGUUUUCUAAGUCAGCUCCGCCUGGGCCACACUGGAGAGCACCCGAGCACCUUCGUGGGUGUACAUGUGCGCCGCGGUGACUAUCUACACGUGAUGCCCCAUCGCUGGAAGGGUGUGGUGGGCGACAAGGUCUACCUCCAACAGGCCAUGAACUGGUUCCGGGCACGGCAUGAAGCCCCCAUCUUUGUGGUCACCAGCAAUGGCAUGGAAUGGUGCCGGGAAAACAUUGACACCUCUCAGGGCGAUGUGAUCUUUGCUGGCAAUGGGCAGGAGGGUUCACCAGGGAAAGACUUUGCGUUGCUCACACAAUGUAACCACACCAUUAUGACAAUUGGCACCUUUGGUUUCUGGGCUGCCUACCUGGCUGGUGGAGACACUGUCUACCUGGCCAACUUCACUCUGCCAGACUCUGAGUUCUUGAAGAUCUUUAAGCCCAAGGCUGCCUUCCUGCCUGAGUGGGUGGGUAUUAAUGCAGACUUGUCUUCACUCUAGAUAUUGGCUACACUUUGAGAGUCAGGGAGACUUUUUGGAAUAGACUAAUCAGUCUAGAGCUGGUGGUACGUGUCUCUGGAGGCCUGAGAGCUUCUGAAGAAGCUUGUGGUGGUCCUGAAGUAGGUGUGCACCAAUUGCCAGAGUGAUUCUAGUCGGCCAGACUUGGAGAGAAAGGGAGACUUUCCAGAACUGCCUGAACAUUCUUGAACCAGCAGAACAUCUUUUCCUGAGGGUUGACAAUGUCUGGAGAAAUUCAUGGCAAUUCUAAAAGCCACAGUACCCACUUGCUCUUCCCAGCCCAUAUCCAGAGAACUUCUAAAUGGCUGCCCCCCAGGAACAGGGAACCCCCCUCUAGUGUUGACCAUUCUGGUCUUUUCUAGAAGAGGUGUUUCUCCCCUGGGUCCUCAGAAGACUAAAGGAACUCAUGGUUUUUAUAGAGCAAGCACUUACCUACUCCCCUUCUGUUUAUGGAGUGAUUCUAGAAUGGGAUUUUUUUGUUCUAGGGAGGGCCAGGUCUAAUGCCUGUGAAAAGCCCUGCAUGGCUUUUCCAGAGGAGAAGGGGUUCUGAAAUUCCAGAUAACUUCAGUGAAGAAUCUAAUGAAGGUACAACUGGAAACGCAGUGCCAGAAAAAACAAAGAUAUGGAAGACAAACUAUAUCUCCAGGUGGCCAGCAUCUUUCUCUGCUCACAGGCUCUGGAAAAGCUGGGAUAGUUGGUGAGCAGAGUGGAACUCCAUCCAAUCCCUCUACCCCUGAGAAAGGCUCAAAGACUUUUUUGGAGCAGACAGGCUAAAAUGUGUGUGUAAGGUUGUGGAAUGGGGUAAGAAAUAGCUGCUAAAAUUCUGCAGAACUUCUUAAAAACCCAGGGACACUUUUUUCUAAGCUCAGAAACUUCCAAAGAUUGGUACAGCAUAUAUUGGCUCCAAGGUUAGGUUGCCUCUUACAGUUAAGGACGUUUCGUCCUCUGCAGCUGGCUGCUGGAGGUCUGGGAUCUAUUUUCUGGAAGUCAGCAGGCAUAAACAUGCCCUCUGGGCUUGUGGAAAGCUGGAGGGUUCUGUGUCCCUUGCCAACAACCAUUGUCUGCCUCUCAACUGACAGAACCACUAACUCUGUUUUGGGCAGGUCUGGGAUGAAAGGACACAAAAGUAUGCAGACCCCAGACCUAGCCUCAAACCCAGGCAAGAGCACAGGGUCUAACCAAGGAAGAUGGGGUUCUUGACUCAGAUUUCAGGAGCCUCUGGCUGCCUUGCGGAGGGUGAAGGAAGAUACGUUUAAUACAGUCAACUCCCAUCUCCCAUCCAUGUACCUAAGCCUCUCAGCUUCUCAGGGAGUUUCAGGGCACCAUUGCCAACUCCGCUCUCACAGGUAGGAGAGCAGGAAGCAUGAAUUAAAGGUCCAAUCGCUUCUAGGCUUUUUGGCUAAGGUAUAGUGUAGAAUCUAUUCUUACCUAUUUAAUAUCCGAUAUGUCUUAUACCUGAGGACAAUAUAUUAAAUGGAUUUUGGGGGGCUGGGAGAUGGAAUAGGAGCUCGCUCCAUCCGGUCCACACAUCAACCUGGUAUUGCAGUACCUCCAGGAUGGUGCAUCACUUUGGGGGGGAAUCAG